CUCUGUUUAUUUUCUGCCGUUUGCUCUGAGUACUCAUAUAAGUCUUAAUGAGCUACCUCACCCGCCUUUCUCUCCGGAAUCCAUCCGUCCAGAGAUCCUUGGUUUCUAUCUCACGAAUCGCAUAUCCGCCUCGAUUCGCCAUGGCCAGCACAUCAACGGUCUCGCAUAGCAGUGGGAGCAGGCCCAGCACGUGGCAGGGUGCUGGCGCCGCUGAGUUUGAUCUCAGAAGCGAUACCAUGACCAAACCUACUCCUUCAAUGCUGGAAGCUAUCUGCCAGACCACCCUUCUCGACGACGUCUUCGGUGAGGAUCCGGUAACAAAUGACCUGGAAGCAUACGUGGCAGAGCGGACGCAGCAUGAAAGUGCUUUGCUGGUGAUGUCCGGUACCAUGGGCAAUCAGGUUGCUAUCCGCACCCAUCUCAAGGAGCCACCCUACUCAGUGCUGUGUGAUCACCGUGCACAUAUCUUCUGCUACGAGGCAGGCGGUGUCAGCUCUUGGACCGGUGCGACCGUCCUUCCGGUCAUUCCCAAAAAUGGCACCUAUCUUACUCUGGAGGACAUCCAGAAGCACGCCGUUCUCAGUGACAAUAUCCACUAUUGUCCCACGAAGUUAAUCAGUCUCGAGAACACUCUGGAUGGGAGGGUCAUGCCGCUUGCAGAAGCCCGAAGAAUCACUGAUUGGGCACAUCACAACGGCAUCAAGGUGCACCUCGAUGGUGCGAGACUAUGGGAAGCAGUAGUGUCUGGAGCAGGUAGCUUGCCAGAGUACACCACUCUGUUUGAUAGCGUGAGCCUGUGUUUCUCCAAGGGCUUAGGUGCUCCUAUCGGCAGUAUCGUUGUAGGGUCCGCAGAUUUCAUCAAGAAAGCUCGGUGGUUUCGGAAGACCAUUGGGGGUGGGGUGCGUCAGGCGGGAGUGCUGGCUGCGGCCGCCCGCGUCGCUAUUGAAGAGACCUUUGGGCCUGACCCUCAUGGCAAACAAGGAAAGCUUCUGGAGACCCAUCAAAACGCAAAGAAGGUUGCUCAACUUUGGACUGGCCUGGGUGGCAAGCUCGCUCACCCAGUGGAGACCAACAUGGUCUGGCUGGACCUCGAGGCAUCUGGACUAGGGCCCAACGACGUUUCGACCAUCGCCCAGGAGAAGGGCUUGAAAAUGCUGGGGAAUCGGAUUGUUAUUCACUACCAGGUAUCCACGGAGGCUAUCGCUCGGCUGGAACAAGUCUUCAACACGGCCCUGAGUGGGAAGUAUCAACGUAGUACUGAUCAGAGUAAGCCAUACGGCACACGAUAAAUAAGAACAAAUACUUAGUAUACUAG